AUGGGGGGAAGGGGGUGUGUGUGAUCAGCAGGUGCUGGCGUCGGCUUCUCACUCGGACCGGUGGAGGUUGUUAUCCAUCCAGCCAUGUCGGAGAUCGAUCAAGAGCCGGAGCUGGGCUUUCGGAGACGAAGCACCCAGGACGCAUUGAUGACCUGUUCAACACCAACACACAAUCAUUCAUGUGAAGGAAUAACAUGUCCCCACUGCCUAAUGACAACCACAAGAACUACACUACUGGCAGAAAAUGAAGUUGAGGCACAGAAACUAGCCAACAAUUACAAGUUCGGAUUCAAGAAGUGGAAGAGCCACGUGACGCAGAGACCCUUGGAAGACCGUUCUGCGAUAGUGAAGGAACUGUAUUCUGAUCUAAAUGUGAUCAAACAAUAUUCCAGAUCCUUGUUUACUUUUGGCAACCUGUUGUAUGUGCUGUUGUUUGGUUGGUGGGUUGCCCUGCUGUACCUUAUAAUUGCUGUAUUUAUGUUCGUUACAGUUGUGGGCAUACCUUAUGGGAAGCUGUGCUGCAGUCUUGCUGGUUAUUACUUCUGGCCAUUUGGGAAGGUGAUUCAAAAACCGUACUUGUAUCCCAGGAAAAGCAGUGUUCGACUUUAUGGUGAGGAAGUUCCUGAAGCGACUGCAGUGGAGACAACCAGCCUUCUUGGUGUUACAGAAAGGAUUGGUGAUGCUUCGUUACACACUACCUCUACCUCUACCUCUGCCUCUACCUCUACUGAAGUCAAGUACUGGCAUCGUCCUAGCACCUAUGUGUGGUUUCUCCUGGGGUAUCCACCUCUUGUGCUUGCUCAUGGUCUGGCUUCCUUCAUUGCCUGGAUCUUGGUUAUCACCAUUCCGGUAGCCAAGCUAAAUGGCAGAGCUAUUGCUGUUAUUCUACUCAUCCCUCCUGAGCAGCUGCAGAUCAGACAGCAGAAGAGGACUGAAGUUCCACUGGAUGGAGAAGUGGUCCUCUGUUGUUACCAUGCUAUGAAUUUCUACUAUUACAAAUAUACUGUGGUUGGCAUUAAUGUAUUUGCUGUGAAUCUGCUACCUCUAGUAAUAGUUGCUCUGGUGUUGGGUUACGGAGAUACAGAGAAUCGCUACGCCAGCUCAUUUGUGAAAUUUGCACUAUCUGUCAUAGCUAUAGUUCCUCUGUCCCACUACAUCGGGAUGGCAAUUGCCAGUAUUUCAGCUCAGAGUAACUUUGCAGUAGGUGCAGUGGUGAAUGCCACGUUUGGUUCAAUCACUGAGUUGACCUUCUACAUAACUGCCCUGAUCAAAGGCAGCCAUAAGGGAAACAAAUGCUACGAAGAAGUCGUGAAAAGUGCUCUGACUGGUACCUUGUUGGGAUGUGUCCUCUUUAUCCCGGGUAUAUCCAUGGUGAUUGGAGGAUGCAAGCAUCAGGAGCAGAUGUUCAAUAGUCGAUCAGCUGGUGUUAGUUCAGCAUUGCUGUUCAUAUCAGUGGGAGGUGUGUUUGCACCAACGCUCUUUUCCAAAGCCUAUGGAAGCCUAAUAUGUCAAGGUUGCACUAACUCAACACAGAAUGGAUCUGGUCCCUUUGAGUGCAGUGACUGUCACUUCAAUGGGCUGCAGAAUGCCUUGUUUCACAGUCAUGUCCAGCCCCUUAUCUACACCGUGUCAAUACUUCUGCCUGCAUCAUAUGUGAUCGGUCUUGUCUUUGCACUGAAGACACACAACCACAUCUAUGAUAUUCACAUUAGUGACCGUCAUGUUUCAGGACACAGCCACAAUGUUGUCAUUCACUGGUCACGAUGGAGAGCUGUGGUACUGCUCGUUGUAGCUACAGUUUUCAUGUCUGCCUGUGCAGAAUUGGUGUCUGAGCACAUUAACCCCUUGCUGUCUAACUCUGCAAUCUCAUCAUACUUCCUUGGUGUAACUGUCUUAGCGAUGGUCCCUGAACUUCCUGAGAUUGUAAAUGGAAUCCAGUUUGCACUGCAGAACAAUAUCAGCCUCAGCCUGGAAGUUGGAAGUUCCAUCGCUGUGCAAGUGUGUAUGCUGCAAAUCCCAGUCUUGGUACUUUUCUCAGUCAUUUAUCCUGUAGGAUUUAGCUUGCUCUUCAGUGAUCUCCACCUUUGGGCAUCAAUAUUCAGUGUCAUCUUGAUGAACUAUAUAUUUAUGGAUGGAAAGUGUGACUAUUUCCAGGGCACAGCGUUGGUGGUAGUCUACCUCAUCAUUAUGUCCAUGUACUUCUUUGCUCCAUCUCCAAGUGGGUGCUGAAAUGGAAUCCCUGAACUCUUCCCAUAAGUUUGAGCAACUCAUAGGAUUGCUAUUGCAGCCAAUAAGCCUUCGGACUCUUCCAGGAGUGGGAGCUGUUGCUGUUUUGUGAGUUAGCUCUUCAAUGCUGGUGUUUUGGUGGCUGACUUACAGACACAACAUAAUUUCAAGAUCCACUGUCUUACUGUUGUUGAGUUCUCCUACCAUGGACCCAACAUUUCUCCAGUCUGUCCCCUUGUUUCCACCGUUCUGCGUCUUGGGAGGAUAGAAGAGUUUGUUGGAAGAAAUCUCUUUUGGAAGAGAUUCUGUAAGCCAAUCCUCCCUUUUUGAAUCAUUGCUGACUUGCAUAUUCCAAGAACGAUUUCCUUUUCUGAAGAUUACGGUUUGUGAUUCUAUUAACAGCUGUAGCUCAUUUCUGAUCUAAAUAUGGUUUGUUUUGGAAGGACUGAACUUGUACCACAGACUCUGGUUUAAAAAUACUUGAAGCUGUGACUUUAGUGCUAUACUAGCUUACUAGGUGUAUGGUGUUGGAAGCACACUAAAGACAAAUGUAUUUAUAAAGUGAAAAUGUUUAAAAUAAAAUUUGUAUCUCCAUUUAAAA